AUGCCUACAAUCAUCGAUAAAUCAAUUUUUGAUUUUGGUGGGAAGACAUUAAUCUCACUGGCAGCCGAUAAUAACAAUCUGUGUGUGGCUAACAAGGGCGGGUUGACCAAAGUUUUAAAGACAAAUAACCCAGAAGAAGAACCUGAAGUCUUAGAAACUGCUAAAGAUUUAACUGCUAUAUGUUGUGAUUCUAAAGAUACAUUUUUAGUGACGACUUUCCAUGGGGAUGUUUAUAGAUAUAACUUUAAAACACCAAAGGAGGAUUUGGUCGCCAGGUUUCCAUUACCCGUUAGAGAUUGUGUUUCAAUUCAUUCUGGUAAGAUGGGAGUAUUUGCAGGUGAUGAUUUAGUACUAACGCUGAUUGAAUUGAAUAAUGGUGAUGAUUUCCAUAAGCAUUCUAUGAAAGUGGACGAGCAAAUUUCUCAAUUAUCUUAUAAUUCUCAAACUAACACAUUGUCUGUAUCUUUUGUUAAUGGGAACAUCCAGUUUUUUUCAAUGAUGUCAACAAGUCCUAAUAAAGUACAUGAAUUACCAGGAUAUAUUCCAAAAGUUACAUAUGAUGAUGAUGAUGAUGAUGAUGAUGAUGAUGAUGAUGUUCUCAGUAAGGAUAAGAUUUUAAAUAAGAUUGACAAAGAUUUUACAAACGAUGAUAGCGAUCUUGAAGACUCUGACCAUGAGGAUACUGCUAAGCGAAUUAAGGAUUCUGAAUUCAGUACAAAUAAUAGGCUAUGUACUCGUGUUGCAUGGCAUCCAAGAGGUCAACAUUUUGCUGUUCCAUGUGAUGAUAAAACUGUUAAAGUUUUCACAAUUAAGGAUUAUGGGUUGUUGAAAACCUUGACUAACCCAUCAAUUACCGCCUCUAAUUAUAUUGAUAUGAAAUAUGAACCUUUGAAUGGUAAUUUCAUUGCAGCAGUGGAUCUAACCAAUAAAUUGAUUGUUUGGGAUUGGCACACUUCUGAAAUACGUUAUAGCAAAGACUUUAAAGAGCAAAUCACAAACUUUGUUUGGAAAGUACAACCAAAUGGUAAAGCUUUGGAUAUUAUUUUGGGGACAUGGACGGGUUCAAUACUUACUGUACAAGGUGUUGCUGAAUCAAUUAAACCUUCAAGCUCAGCUUCGAAAACGGAAAAGGCAUCAGAAGGGGCUGAUAGUACUAAAAAGGCUGAAAACAAGUUAUUUAUUAACUCGGAUGACGACGAUGAAGAUUUCGAUUCAAAUCCAAUGGUUGAUGGAAUUUCUCAUGAGGAUAAUGAAGCAGACACAGAACAACUAUUUAAUGAAGAUUUCAAUGCUGAUAAGAAUUUGGCAGACGGUAAGCGUAAAUACUAUUUUGACGAUGAGAACGAUUUUAUUGAUGACGAUGACGGAGCAGGGUAUAUCAACAAUAAAAAGCAACACGUCUCAAAUGGCGGGAAUAGUAAGUACAGAGGGUAUAGCCAGAAACAACCUACUGCAUAUACUCCAGUGAGAUUUCGUUAUAAACCUAUUUCACCUGGUGGGACUCCUUUCGGUAACUCAGAUAGACGUUAUCUAACCAUGAAUAAUGUGGGUUAUGUUUCUACGGUUAGAAACAGUGAGCAAUAUAGUGUUACAGUUUCAUUUUUUGAUAUUGGUCGUUAUAAUGAAUACCAUUUCGAAGAUCUGUUUGGUUUCGAUACGUGUUGUUUAAAUGAGAACGGUACCUUAUUCUCCCAAUCUAAAACUGGUCAGCUACAUUAUAGGCCUCAUGAUAGUGUACGUUCUAACUGGACGAAGAUGAUACCAUUACAGAAGGGAGAACGAAUAACUGCUGUUGCAGCAACGCCGAAAAGAAUAUUUGUUGCAACAUCGUUUGGUUACCUACGAACAUUCAAUCAAUUUGGUUUACCAUUAGCAGUUGAGAAAAUGGUUCCGAUAGUAACACUUGCAGCACAAGAUUACAAAGUUUUCACAGUUCAUUAUUCAUUUUAUCACGGUGUCUCGUUUUCAUUGUUAGAACAAAGUCCAACGUUAUCCAAAUAUUAUCAACGAGAAUGUCCAUUGCCGAUCAUUUUACCACAGGGAGAUCCUGAAGUAGAUGAAGAAUUUGAUACCAAUUUUUCUAAUUUCAAUCCAAUGGGUAUCAAAAGUUUAUUUUUUUCCACUUUUGGGGAUCCAUGUAUAUUUGGUAAUGAUAAUGUCUUACUAGUCUUAACAAAAUGGAGGUCCACUUUAAAAAGUAGAUGGGUUCCAAUUCUAGAUACGGAUAUGGAGGUUUGGAAGAUGGCAGGUGGUAAGAACAACAUAGAUGUCCAUGCAUGGCCACUAGCUUUAAACUAUGAUACUUUGAGUUGUAUUUUGGUGAAGGGUAAAAAUUCUUGGCCAGAAUUCCCACUUCCUCUGCCGUCAGAAAUGGAAGUUAGAAUACCUGUUUUUGUCAAGAGUCAAUUAUUAGAGGAAAAUAAACAGAAACAAAGGGAAAAAGAAUUUGAUAACCAAAGUGAAGAUGAGGGAGAUGAAGAUGAAAACAGUGGUGAUAAAGAACUCGCAGUUCCUGUUAAUAUGGCGGCUGAGGAAGAAUUCCUUCGUUCUAAAGUCUUGUCUGACCUACUUCUUGACACUUUGGAAAAUAACGGAGAAAUGUAUGGUAAUGAACAAGAAAUUCUCGAGUCACUUACAGGUGCAUAUGACAAAGCUCUUCUAAGGUUGUUCGCUGUUGCGUGUUCUGAUCAAAACUCUGACAAGGCGUUGUCAAUAGUUCAGGAAUUGAAACAAGAUAGGGCACUGACAGCGGCAGCGAAGAUUUCAGAAAGGGCAGAGAUGAUGAAUUUGUCUAAACGUAUAAAUGAUCUAAGGGAAGCAAGGUUUGUUAAUCAGAUGGAUAAUAUGUAA